ACCACAAAGGGAGGAAGAGGACUGAUGCAGCUCCUUAUAGCCGUCAGACCUGGUUCUGGUCCCAUGAAUUAAAAACAGUCAAACGAAUUCACAAAGGAUUUUUAAAAGACCGCUAAGCCACCAGUCUGAUGACGAAAGCUCCUCUGUGGCGUUCAUGACCCUCACUGGCUCAGGACAGACAAGCUUGAGUCUCCUGGAACUGGAAGCUCCUGAACCAGAUUCAGGUGGUCCUGGUCCUGGUUCUGGUCCUGGUUCUGGUUCUGGUUCUGGUUCUGGUCCUGGUUCUGGUCCUGCCCAAGCCCAAGCCCAAGCCCAAGCCCAGGCCCAGGCCGGUGUUCUGUCAGAUUAACAUGCUGUCAGAAUCUCCUCCAGGCAGUGAGUAGCAUCGGAUGAAGAGCUCUGUAAGGGUCAGAGGGCAUUUAAAGCUGCAGUCAACUAGAAAACUCGCCUCCCUGUUCCUUGAAAAUUGUCCGACCGGACAGCGGCUAAGUCGGGUUAUGAUGUUUGACCUCUGUGUCACACACUAGUAGCCGUCGGUUUAUGUGGGCCGACAGAACGCCGGCUUGCAGCUGCUGAGCAAACCCACCUGAAAACGGAGGCCUCGGCCAGCAGGGGGAGCCGUUGAUCUGCUGACGAAGGAACUCCUCUUCCUCACGGCUUUGAUGUUGAUGUGAUGAAGAGGAGAGCAGAGCUGCUGGAGCCUUCAGCUCCUCUGGAGGAAGAGGAGGAGGAGGAGGAAGGUCUGCUACUCUUCUCAGAUUCGACACAACAAAGAAACAAAGACGAAGAGGAUCCCAGGCAGAACCUCCACCGCGCUCCACUCUUCCUGAAGGUCCGGUUCCACCAGAACCCAGCCGCAGCUGCUGCGGUCCGUUUGGCCCGACUGGAGGUUCUUCAUGAAGUCGCUGCGUUAGAAGCAGCAGAUCCUCCUGGCCUGGUUAACUGGGCAGAUUCUGCAGCAGACCCGGUCAGUCCAGGUCUGCCUGGAUCAGAGUUUGGAUCCAAGCAGACUUCAUCCUCGUUUGGAAGUGAGGAUGAAGCCGGACGGCCGGCUGUGCACCGUGAACGUUGGCGGCCGGCGGUUCUCCUUCCCGCCGGACCUGAUGAAGCGCCUUCCUCUCAGCAGACUCGGCCGGCUGCUUCGCUGCGGCUCGGAGCGCGAGCUGCUGCAGCUCUGCGACGACUACGACCGCGACGCCAACGAGUUUUUCUUUGACCGCCACGCCGACGCCUUCGGCUUCAUCAUGCUGUACCUCCAACACGGCACGCUGCGCCUCCUGCCCCAGAUGUGCGAGCUCUCCUUCUACAACGAGAUGCAGUACUGGGGCCUGGAGAGCUGCGACCUGCAGCCUUGCUGCCAGCGCCGCCUGGACGGACGCCUGGACGGACAUUUGGUUCACCGUUUUGCUGAGGAGGAGCGGCGAUGUCCAGACGAGCCCCAGGGCUGCUGGCUGGAGACGCUGAGGAGGACGUUGGAGGAGCCGGCGUCCUCGCUGCUGGCUCAGGUUCUGGCCUCCGUCUCGGUUCUGUUCGUGGUCGUCUCCAUCGGGAUGCUGUGUGCCAGUACCUUACCGGCCUGGAGGGCUGCAGAGAACCCGGACCAGCACUGGAUCGUUGAAGCGGUUUGUAUCGGCUGGUUCACUGCAGAGUGUCUGCUCCGUUUCCUGGUGUCCCACGAUAAAUGUGACUUCCUUCGCCGUCCUCUGAACGUCAUCGACCUCCUGGCCAUCUUGCCCUACUAUGUCUCCGUUACCGUGACGAUGCUGACAGGGGAGAACUCGCAGCUGCAGCGGGCCGGGGUGGUACUGCGGGUCCUGCGGAUGAUGCGGAUCUUCUGGGUGAUAAAGCUGGCCCGUCACUUUCUGGGCCUGCAGACUCUGGGCCUGACGCUGCGCCGCUGUUACCGCGAGAUGGUGAUGCUGCUCGUCUUUGUUUGUGUCGCCAUGGCGAUCUUCAGCGCGAUGGCCCAGCUGCUGGAGCACGGCUCGGAUCUGGAGACCGGGAACCCGGACUACGCCAGCAUCCCCGCGGCCUGCUGGUGGGUCAUCAUCUCCAUGACGACUGUGGGCUACGGGGACGUGUGUCCUGUGACGGUGGCGGGCCGGGUGCUGGGCGGAGUCUGCGUGGUGAGCGGCAUCGUGCUUCUGGCGCUGCCCAUCACCUUCAUCUACCACAGCUUUGUUCAGUGUUACCACGAGCUCAAACUGCGCUCCGGACCAGACCGGACCGGACCAGAACCUGUUCAGUGGCAGAACAACGCUAGAGGGCGCCCCCUACAGGACUGAUCAAAGUGUCCCACAGAUUAACCAGCUGGUUCGCUUAACUAAUUGGACUGGCCAGUCUACUUCCUGUUGCUUUAUUUUCCACUUCCUGCUUGUGGCGCUGAAGGUGGCAACAUGCUGGCGUAACUCUACUUUCAUUGAGAUGUUUUGUCUUUUUAUCUCUAAUAACUGAAGAAUUAAUGAGCUACAUUUAAUUUCCCUUUGGGAUUAAUAAAGUUUUUUUUAAAUUGGAAUUAUUUACACUUCCUGUUCAUGUCUGCAUUUUGAUGAUGUCGAGAUAAGCAGAGGUCAUCCCUUUAUUUCCAUGCUGGAGAUUUGAGUUUAGCAUCAAAGCCUUUAAAAUGAAUCACACAAAGUAACCAAAUGCCUCCUCAAAGUUCUGGUGGAUGUAAAAUAGUUACGAUAUUUGAUUCUGGAGAGAAAACGGUUUCAUAGGUUGCUUUUAGCCCAAAGCUAAAUGUAAAACACUCCUGGGACUCGGAUGAGUCACUAAAACCAACCUGGUUCAGAAACAAGAGCAAGUUGUAACAAAGAGGAAAAGCAGCCAUUAGGGGCCACGGGGCAGUUAGGGGCCGUUAGGGUGACCCUCUGGGUGGGAUAUCAGGAACCAGGCCAGUUUUCCUCGACAGACUGACCUGCUUACUGGACAAGGUGGUUAUACCAUCAGAUUUAACUCACUUUACCUGUCAGAUGGAGAUCUGGAGGGUCAGGAGGUCAGAGCUCCAUCCAGCUUCAGCCCAUAUCAGAGUUCAGAAAGAACAUUUCAUCUGGGUUUAUAUGACGAGGUUCACCUGAGUUUGACGACCUUCUUCUGGAAGUGAAAUUAGCUCCCACAGAUCACAUCUGUUAAUGGUCGCUAUCCUCAUUUUCACAACCUCCAGUGGGCGGUGCGGGUGGCUACAAUCCAUAGUAGCCACACAACCACACCUGCUAGAAGGAAACUUAUGUACCCUGUACAACGCUUUCAUUCUAUUGGCUGAGAGGUUGCUAGGCGACUCUGCCAAAAAGGCAGUUCCAUGUUUCACAAGCGAGCAGAGAGUUUGAGCGCAAGGAGGAUUUCAUGUAUUUAGUUCUCAAAACUGGUAGAAUGUUUGCUUACAUUUUCAUUUUGAAAGCAGAGCUUCAUGUCUUUCUUCUCAAAACUUAUAACACUUGUACUCAAACCUCUGAGGCUCUAGAGCAGUGGUGCCCAAAGAGGAUGUUUUAUUCUCUCCCUGCUGGUAACAAGAACCUUUUCUGCAGGUCGAUGUUCUUCCAUCAUUGGAUCCAGGUGCGUUAAACCAGGAGAGACUAAAACAUGAAUGUUUUUAUAUUCUGUGAAUAUAAAAACCUGUAAGGGAAGAAGAAGAAGAAAAAGCAAGAAACCAGUAAGUCCAGCUGUGAGGUAAUACAGUACCCAUAUGAGGAACCAGAACAGAGUCCAGUCAGAACCGUGUCUCUGCUGUGGAAACCUGUCAGCUCUCUGCUUCAGGCAUCCAGGACCCACUUUGGGCAGCACUGAUCUAGAGGAAGUCAGUCAUGGAGACAUUUGGUCUCCACGAAGGCUGUGAAAUGUGUCACUUCCUGUCCAAUGUGUCACUUCUCCUGUGAAAACUGACGGCUCAAACCAGAGCAGGAUUUUACAGAUUGUAGAAAUUUGUACAUUAUAGAAACAGUAAAAACUGAAAGGCUGCAGAACCUGCUGGGGGCCCAAAAGAACCAGAACCAGAUUCUGCUGUGUGCAGAACAGAAGUCAGGAUGAGUGGAACUGAAUUUCAGCUUGUUGUCGGCCAUGAUUCCUGCAGACUGAGGAAAAGUAGCCAACCGUCCUCCUCGCCUCAUUGGUCCAAAGGUUCUGACCCAGACAACUGAUUUCUGUGCAGGAGGAACGAGGCAGGAAGCGAUGCACUGGUUCUGAGCCAGUAGAGGGCGCCACUGAGCAUGCCCAGCGCCCUCUGCUAUUUCUCCAACACCAGUGCGUCCAGAACACGGACCAUCGCUGGUUCUGAUGGUUCUGGAUUUUGUCUGACCACUAACAGAACCCUGGGUAACGCUGGGUUUGUGUUGCCAUGGUAACCUGGUGAUCUUGGGCCUCAUGAAUCUGAACACCGGUCCUUUAAAACUCCGAACUUGCAGGAAACUGCAGCUGCUGCUCCGCCUGUCACCUCCAUAAAUUCAUCUUACUGUAAAUUAGGCUGCCAGUAACCAUGGCAACGACCUUGCUUGUAGCAGUACAUACUUAUAAUAAUCAUCUAUAUGGAUCCUGGUUGUGCUGGUUUGUUGGAGGAUCAGAGCCGUGACACAGUUUAUCUUUUAAUUUGACGGUUUCUCGAUUUAUUCUGACGAUAACGCCGUCAUGGCCGCCGCUGCCAGUACUACCCUAAACUUAAGUUAGUUUCUGCUGUCGUCAGUUCACUUAAAUAUUUACAUAACAAAAUAGAUUCAUAUGUUACAAUGGUGGUACUGAAUAGAUGUAUAAAUAAACACCCCUCCUGCAGGACAACAUAGAACAGAACAGAAUAGAAUUCAGCUUUCUUGUCAAACACAAAGCAACGAAGUCCAUCCAGAGGUUUUUAGCAAGAAAAGGAAAAAAAAAUACAUAUGUGGUUCUGGUUCUGCAUCCAGAACCAAACAUGGAGAAACAUUCAGCUUCUAUGCACCACAGUUCUGGAACAAACUUCCAGAAAACUGAAGAACAGCUGAAACAUCCUUUAUAUCCAGAGUAAAACUCACUGUUGGAGUUGCUAUGGAAACCUAAUCAUGAAACAUUGAUCAAUAAUCUGAUGCUGCUGUUCUUAUGAUGUAAAGCUCUUGUUGCUGAAAAAUAAACUAAAUUUGAUUUGAUUUGAUUUUUGGUUUCUGUUUUCAGGUCAAAAGUUUUCAGAUAUUUAUGAAACUUUUACGCCACGUUCAUUUUCAUACAGGCCGUGUAUGAAAAUAUGUGUGUAAAAUAUGGCGCCGCACAUUCUGGUGACUACCCACCAGGUUGAGCUCUGCCAGCGCCUCACUGUGUUGCCAUGGCGACUGCUACAGGACGCCGGAGGCGCUCAGCCGCGGUGGCACCUUCCUGCCAGACUGCGAGGUUCUGUUUCUCUGGUUGCCAUGGUGACCUGCCAGCAUCCCUGUCACCAUGGUGACAGAGAACAUCAGCUCACUGUCUCCAUGGUAACAGGUAGGUUCAAAGUGAUCCCAAAGGAGAAGACGUCCAAAGUCUGCAAACUCCCAUUUUACAUUUUAUCUGAUCAUCUCAGGAGACAGAACACGGUCGGUUCUGGAGGUUCUGGGUUCUCCAUCAGAACCAAACUGAUCCUGCGUUUUAUGAAUGUUGAGUUUAGUUUUUAGGUUUUACAGUGUAAAGUUUUUUUACUCUAUAAAAACUGCUGAGUCAUGUUUACCGGGGACAGUUUGGACUGCAGGUUGGUUCUACGGUUCUGCUGCCGGGUCAGCGCCACGUUUGGACUCGUGGUUUCAUACAGUGCUAGAAGAAGAAACAAGUCCUGAGCAGCAGGUCCGUUAUCUUCCAGAACCAGAACCUGCUUCGUUACUCAUUGGGUUCCCUCUGGUCCGUCUGAGGAGCCAGAACAGAACCGAGACGACUUCAGCAGAACCUUGAGGAAGGAUCCAGCGAGCCGUGGUGGAAGGAGGCAGAACUUCAGAACCGCCACGACCCAGAACGUCAGCAGCUCCAGGUUGAGAUCCGGUGUAUGUGAAUUUGGAAGCGAUUCUCCAUGUUUGCUUGUUGCAGAACCAAACAGAACCGGGCCGGAUCUACGUUGCGAAAAACAAAAUUAAAAAUAAAUUUAAUGUCCUUAAAAUCCGAUUUAUGAAAAUGAAUCUCGUCAAAAUAAAGAUGAACUCACCAAAAUGUGGGAGUGUAAAAAUAAUCUGUUAGUUUAUGAAAAGCUAAAAUCUGAAAAUGUUUGGUUCAAGUUUCACCGAGAAGAACCAGAACCAGAACCAGCAGACAGAGAACAAUAAAAUGACAGAGAUUGUGUGGAAACAAGAGGUCUCACUCCACGUCUUCGUAACAUUACUCAAGUAAA